CACCAAGUACAGUCUGCUCAUUUCUGCUUUAUCAUUAGGGUAACCAGGCUUACGGUGUUGUUGAGGUUAGGUUGGGUUGUGUAUCCGCAUUAUGGACUAGUUAAUUGUUAUCUGUACACCGCUCCAAGUCGACAUCUAUUGAUUCAAGUUUUGAUGACAAUGAGCGAUAGUUCGGGGUCCGUAGGAUACGAUACGCCUUCAGAUGCAUCGUACAGAAUCUACGCCAGUAUCUCAUUCGCGAUUCUUCUACUUGGAGUUGGCGUACCGUUAUGGUGGCACACAACGGCUGUGCCAAGGGUGACCCUUCCGUACGAUGGAAUCGCACGCUUGAGCAACUUGGACAUCAAGAUCAGCACGAGAAUUUUGGUGGCUGCCUUGACUGAAAAUCGUGCCAAAUUAUUAGAAGAAGAAAUAAACCGCGAGCUCAAGUCAGACGAACUCUACAAUCUUCAGAUCUCACAUAUGGUAAUUUCAAGUAAUUUAGUAUCCUCGGCAAUUACUAUACACGAUCUUGAAAAAAUUGCAAAUAAUUUUGACGUUCAAGUCGGCGAAUUGCUUUUACUCGAAGUACCGAAUCUGAGUGAUGGUGUUCUCGCUGGUUCUCACAGAACAAUAUUUUUCUCACCUGAAGCGAGUGGUGUGAAACUAUCCCAAGUACUAUCUAACUGGAUCUUACUGAACAAAUCAGUAACUUUGACAAGGAACGCUUUGGCUGAACCUACUCAAUUUAGCUUGGAUAAACAAAACAGAAGACGUUUCCCCGCUAGUUCAGCCUAUGAUGUUUUGCUUACUCUCGUCAAUCCAUAUCCGGACAAACUGACAGUUGAUUGGCAUUUGCCCACUGUCAUAAAAGAAUACAUCGAGCCAUUCCUAGAUGACAUUUCAAUGGUGGCCAACUUCACAGUCAAAUCGCAAUGGCUGUACCUUGUACCAUUGGAUGUAACGCCGAAACAGAUACCUGACAGUAGUGUGCUUGGCAGACACUAUGCGUUACCAGAAGAUGUGUUGCCACAAAUUAUAACACCACUGGAAAAAAAAUUAGCAUCACAAGUCAGCCUGAAUCCGUGUAUCAAUUUGGUGAUGUAUACACCUCCGUGCGACAAAGCACCGCUUCAUAUUUACACACGUAGUGGACACCGAUCGAAAACAGCAAGCAACGUUGAAGCUUUUCUCUCUCCGAGGUGGGGUGGCGUUGUGAUAGCUAAUCCUCCAACCGAGUCUUGUAUUGACGUGGAAGAUAAUCAAAUGAUUACAUUCACUCCAGAAGCAUCCAGUAUUAUGGGCGUUUUUAUUGCCCAUCUUAGACUACUACUAGGAAUACCAGAUAAGGAACCUAUUCCUGGAGCAGCAUUGGUCCGACUGGACAAUUCAAAGCCACGUGACUGGGAAUUAGAUGCUCUGCUUAGAAUCCGAGCCGUGGAGCAACUGACCUCAGCCAAACUUACUUUACAAUCUUUGGCUCAACUGUUGGAAGAAAUUAGCAACAUUGUCAUCACAGAUACAGUUGGCGAUAGAAUAAAUGGAGCUUUGAAGUGGGUUGAAGAUUCCGCCGACAAACUGAGACACGGUAAACUGCUGGAAGGUUACGCUUCAAGUAAAGAAGCUUUUGUUACCGCCGAAGCUGCAUUUACCGACCCAUCUCUCUUGGCUCUACUAUAUUUUCCUGACGAUCAGAAGUAUGCAGUGUACAUUCCACUAUUUCUACCUGUUAUGAUACCCGUACUACUAUCUCUGAGAAACAUAUGGAGGUAUUUUAUCUCAAAAAUCAAGGAAAAUAAAACCAACAAGGUCGACUUGACUCAGGAAGCCAAAGAGAUUGAUAAAUCUAAGACAGACUAAUAUUUGUUGCAUUCUCAAAAAACCUUAAGUCAGUCAUUUGAGUGAAGAUGCAUUUCAGUUGGAAAUUAUUGACAUUCCUUCGUAUAACUGGAAACAAUGUUCAUAUCCAAAACUGAAUAAAACAACUUCAAACUCCAGUUUAUCUGUAAAGUUACAAAACUUGAAUACAAAAAGUCAGCAGCCAUGAAGACGGUAGUUGCUUGGCAGUUGUGUCAAUUCUAAAUAGUCACAAAAUCUGUAUGUUUUGUCAUAUUGUUUAUUAUUGUUCCCAUUCAACUAAUUAAGGGGUAUUCUAUAUGAAACUGGACGGGCUUCAGCCAAUGGUCAGCGAAUUUGACG